AUGCGCGUCAAGAAUGUCCUUGAAUUCAUCCCCCUUGUUCCCGCCUUCUGUGCAAACUUGAAGCUCUUCUGGAGCAGGGUUACAGCGACGCGCCUUACCACCAUCUACUUCAUCUUCUCCAUCGUCAACUGCAUCGUUCAAGCGCUCCUCCAAGGCGAAGCGACAGUCAUCAACGCCAAAGCCGCGGACUAUCUCUACGGUAUCGUUCUUGCCGGAAACGCCACCGCAGAGGGCUUCUACACCUGGGGCGACAACGAGCUUCGGUACUGCGACUAUGUGCCCGAUCAUGUCGACGCGUCCGGCUGCACUCUUGUGUGGCGUCCUGGACAGGCGAAGGCCCCGUCGGCUCAGGCAUCGAACUCGAAUGGGACGCUCAACACGUCCAGCUUCAGCUCCUCGCUGAUCUCGGCCACCCUCACCGCUUCCUCUGGCCUCGCCUCCGCCUCAUCCUCGCCCGUGCGCCCCAUCUCCUCGUCCGCACCGGUUGUCUCCUCCGCGGCCGUAUCUUCCGCGGUCACCUCGGCCACGGCCGCCGCGGCUUCCUCCUCGGCAGCAGUAUCCGUGCCGGCUUCGACCACGACCACGUCUGCCGCAGCACUCGCGAGCCAGACCGUCCUCGUCGUUGAAGAGGAGGACGACGAAAGCGACGACGAGUCGGAUGACGGUGCUUCUGACUCGGGCAGCGAGUCUGAUAGCGAUGAUGAGGACGGCAACGUCGCGCUCAUCGUGUCGCAGGCUCGCCGUGAUCUUGAGGCGCGCCAUGGCGCUGUCACUGUUCUUGAGAUCAACCUCAAUGGCAGCGUCGAUGUCAAGCUCGACGGUUGGGGCUACUCCGGCACGCCCGUCACGCUCAUGCAGAAGUGCGUGCACGCGCUCAACUGGCCUGCACAACAGCUGGACAACACUAAGCGCGAAGACAUCGCCUUCACCGCCUUCCAAUUCUGGGUCCUCGGCAUGUCCCUCGUCGCCCUCCUCAACGAAUCAAUCCCGCACAUCAUCGCCUCCCUCGUCACGCACUUAUCCUCCGUAGCCUGGGGCGCCUUCCAGCUCUCCCAAACCCAGCUCUUUCACGACGACUACAACAAAGUGAUCACCGCCGGCGUAUGCCAGGUGAACUUCCUGCCGACCUACUGGAAAGCGCGCGCGAACGUCGAGAUUCCCAGUCUCGCGCUGAACGGCGCGGGGCUGCUGAUGUCGAUCUUUUUGUCGUACAAGCUUAUCAAGAUGUUUGGGUGGCAGACGUUCAAGAGGGUGGGCGCGAGCAGGACGAUUAAGAGGGUUUAUCAGCUUGUUCUGGUGCUCUCGGUUACGAUCCAGUUGUCGCUCUUUUUCGUCGUUGCGAGCGUAGCGCUUUGGCUGGAUCAGAUCUGUAAUGGAGCAAUUGGGCGGUUGGCGAAGGAGCACAAGCUGUACGAAAUCCUUCUGUACAUCGUCCUGGUCCUGCUCCCCAUCUGGCUCGUUGGAGGGUGGUUCGCCGUUCGCCGUGAAAUGAAGAUCACUAUGACCGUCUUCCUCUUCCUCUCCUUCGCCUACAUCGUCGGCUGGGGCGUCAUGUUCGACUCUACCACCUUCCGCUGGACAUACGCCCAAUGGUCGUUCUUCGCCGCCAUCGUCACCCUCGGUGUCGCGCUCGUCAUCAUCUGCUUCAUUGUUGGCAUCUUCUGCCGCAUCAACUUUGGUCGCGGUCUCCAGCACCACUUGAGCGCGGAAGAACCCCUGCCCGGCGACGACUUCGAGCGCGUGACAGCCGAGAAGAUGUCCGACCCCGAGAAGUUCGAGUUCCCGUCUGCCUCAGGCCCUCUCCCCACAUACGAAGCCGCCUACGGCUACGACGACGAAGCCCCGCCCCCACCACCCGGCACCCGAACCCUCGGCCCACGCUUCUACAUGCAGCAAAACGCCGCCCUAGACGUCGAGUCCGACCAACUCUCCGGCCCCGCAGCGCUCAGCCCGAACCUCUCGAACAUGGAGAUGGACUUCAACAGGCACCACAACCCCGCCUCUGCCGCAUACCAAUCGCGCUUCUCGUUCUCGCAGGCGUCAUCUGCGACGCGCGCACCGUCGCCUACGUACUCUCGUGAAGGCUCAGAAUCGACUGUCACUGCGCAUCCUGGGCUGCCGAAGAGCGUGAGGCCGACUGCGAGGCAGGGCUCUAUUGGGAGCCAGAAGAGCUUUGCGAGCUCGAGGAGUGGGACUAGUACAAAGACUAGUGGGAGUGGGAAGUCGGAGACGAUUGGGAAGGCCCGUUGGGUCAUCGAGUGA